GCGACUUUUGGCAGCGUUUCUUGUCGACGUGGGAAGGGAAGGAGGGAUUCGGACACAAACAAAUGUCCUCGGCUUUGAUGUCGGGGCUUCGUCGCCGCUGGCCGUGGCGUGUCGGUUGGAUCUGAGCGACAGCUCCUUGACGUUUACAACAUGUGGCUCCAUCCUGAGGAGAUCCUGCUGAAGAACGCCUUCAAGCUGUGGGUGACCGAGAAGGAUAACGAGUACUUCGUGCUGCAGAGGAGACGAGGGUACGGCGAAGGUGGCGGCGGUCUGACAGGCCUCCUCGUGGGAACUCUGGAUACUGUGUUGGACUCCACAUCCAAAGUUGCUCCUUUCCGCAUUCUUCACCACACACCUGACUCCCAAGUGUACUGGUCAAUAGCUUGUGGUGUCACCAAGGAAGAGAUUGUUCAGCACUGGGAUUGGCUGCAGCAGAACAUCAUGAGGACGCUCUCUGUUUUUGACUCCAGCGAAGACGUCACCAGCUUUGUACAGGGCAAGAUCAGAGGUCUUAUCGCUGAGGAAGGGAAGACGUCCCUGGUUCUGGAGGACGAUCCCGAGAAGUUCCGAGAAGCUCUCUUGAGGUUUGAGAAGUGGUUCGAGCUGCCGCCGGAGGAAAAACUGGUCACGUAUUACUCAUGCAGCUACUGGAGAGGCAAAAUGCCCUGCCAGGGCUGGCUCUACCUCAGCACCAACUUCAUGUGCUUCUAUUCAUACAUGCUGGGAGCUGAGGUGAAACUGGUCAUCUCCUGGGAUGAGAUCUGGAGGCUGGAGAAGACCUCCAACGUUAUUCUGACAGAGAGCAUCCACGUCCUGUCUCACGGAGAGGAUCACUACUUCUCCAUGCUGCUGCACCUUAAUGAAACCUUCGUUAUCAUGGAGCAGCUGGCUGACUACUCUAUCAAGCGGCUUUUUGACAAAGAAGCUUUCCAGAGGGAGCCGGCGCUCUCUGACCCCCUGCAAAUUACCAAGAGAGGCCUAGAAGCUCAUGCAAAGAGUGCACAAUUCCGGACGUUUUUCCGGCUUCCCAAAGAGGAAAACCUGUUAGAGGUGCAUGAGAGCUUCCUGUGGGUGCCCUUCUGCCAUUUUAACACCCUUGGCAAGAUCUGCCUGUCUGAGAACUACCUGUGUUUUGCCAGUCAGGAUGGGAGCCAAUGCCAUGUCAUCAUUCCAAUGCGAGAGAUCAUUAAUGUUGAGAAGACAGACUCCGGCAGCAGGGCUCUAACGGUGUGUGUGCGUGGAAAGAGGGCGCUGCGUUUCACUGAGGUGCGAGACUAUCAGCGGCUUUCCAACACGAUUCGUAGCAGGUGUGGCAUCAGUGCCAGCCCUCAGCACUCUGCUUCAUCAGAGGCCAUACGAGGCGAGUGCCAGUCACUCAUCAACCACUUUGAGGACAAUCCAGAGGACGUAACCCUGAUGGUGGGACAGAAAGACAGCAGCAAGGCUGUGAGCACCGAGGCUCUCAUGACUGUUUUCCACCCCCAGGAUGUUGAAAACCUUGACCCCAAAAUGCUUAAAGAAAAGAUGAAGGAGCAGUCUUGGAACAUCCAUUUCUCCGAAUACGGCCGUGGCACAAGUAUGUUCUUCACCAGGAAGACACGAGACUUGAUAGUUCGUGGUGUUCCUGAGGCCUUGAGGGGAGAGCUGUGGAUGCUUUUCUCAGGAGCUGUAAACGACAUGGCCACUCAUCCCGGUUAUUACACCGAGCUGGUUGAGCAGUCUCUGGGCACAAGCACUCUGGCCACAGAUGAGAUUGAAAGAGACUUGCACCGCUCUCUGCCAGAGCACCCUGCCUUUCAGAGCGACACAGGAAUCUCCGCCCUACGCAGAGUCCUUACUGCCUAUGCCUACAGGAACCCUAAAAUCGGAUACUGCCAGGCCAUGAAUAUUCUCACUUCAGUUCUCUUGCUCUAUGCAAAAGAAGAGGAGGCUUUCUGGCUCCUAGUAGCAGUGUGUGAGAGGAUGUUGCCAGAUUACUUUAACCGUCGAAUAAUUGGCGCUUUGGUCGACCAGGCGGUGUUUGAGGAUCUGAUUCGAGAAAACCUGCCCCAGUUGGUGGAGCACAUGACAGACCUGAGUUUCUUUUCAUCCGUGUCCUUGUCCUGGUUUCUCACCCUCUUCAUCAGUGUCCUGCCCAUAGAGAGUGCUGUAAAUGUGGUGGACUGUUUUUUCUACGACGGCAUAAAAGCGAUCCUGCAGCUCGGCCUGGCUGUGCUGGACUACAACAUGGAGGCCCUGAUCAGCUGCCAUGACGAUGCAGAGGCCGUCACCAUCCUUAACAAAUUCUUUGACAGUGUGACAAACAAAGACAGCCCAUUACCUCCGACAGUGCAGCAAGCGUCAGUGGGCAAUAAUGAUAAAGCAGCUCACAUGAAUGUAGAUAUCAGUGAACUGAUCCGAGAGGCCUACGAGAAAUACGGAAAUAUCCGUUCAGAGGACGUCGAGAGUUCACGAAAAAGAAACAAACUCUAUGUGAUCCAGACACUGGAGGAUACAACCAAGCAAAAUGUUAUUCGAGUGGUGUCCCAAGAAGUCAGAUUCGGUGCUUCCCACCUUGAUGAGCUCUAUAAUUUGUUCAAAAGGCAGCAUUUCCUCAGCUGCUACUGGACAAUGCAGAGUCCAGCACUUCUCCAUCAUGACCCCAGCCUGGCGUACUUGGAGCAGUACCAACUGGGGUUCCAACAAUUUAGUGUGCUCUUCUCUCUGCUCGAGCCUUGGGCUUUCUGCAUCACCAAGAGCCCCCUCUCCCUCUGGGUCUUCCGCCUGAUAGACGAGAACCAGGACGGCCUCAUCAACUUUAAAGAGUUUUGCUUCGCCCUUGACACUUUGUGCUGUGGAUCUUUCACAAAUAAGCUGAAAUUCCUCUUCAAGCUGCACCUGCCACCAGCUUUUACAGGUAGUCCUUUGCCCUUAGAGGAGCAAAGAAUCCAACACUUUGCUCCACUGACUGAAGACUCUUCUCACUUGAGUAGACUCACUGCAUUUGAUCUUCCAGAAGAUGGCGUGAUAAGGAAAAGCCCAGAAAGAGGUAGAGUAAAGGUGGACCUGCAGACCUACCUGAAACAGUGGCAAAAUGAAAUACUGAAGAAAGAGGAAACCAUCAAGGACCUGCCCAGAAUUAAUCAGACUCAGUUCAUCCAGUUCUCCAAGACCCUGUACCGCAUUUUUCACAGCGAUCCAGAGGAGGAAUCUCUGUACCGAGCUGUGGCCCAUGUGACCAGCCUCCUCCUGAGGAUGGAGGAGGUGGGACGGAGGCUGCAGGAGCCGAGGAGCCCGCCCGAAUCCACAAAGACUCCCAGCAUCUCUGCUGCGGAGGAGUUGUCAACCGAAGAAGCGUCUCCCACACCGGAGAGCUCCGUUGCCUCCAGCCCCCGCAGCAGUCGGGACGCAGGACCGGAGGUGGAGUGGUCGUUUUCGUUCGAGCAGGUCCUGGCUUCUCUGCUCAACGAGCCGGCCAUAGUCACCUUUUUCGAAAGGCCUGUUGACAUUCAGACUAAACUGGGGCAAGCGAAGGUUGCCCAGCUGAAGCUUAAGGUAAAUAAGUAAAAGGAUAUGGCAAGUGAAAUUAUACUUUACUCGUGAUCCAAACCGAGAAUUCUCCAUGAUUUUUUAUUUCUCUUUAAAAGAGCAACGGGUUUAGUCGAGGCAGUUGGUAAGAUGGCUGGUGAAUGGAGCUGAUACCGAUAUUAAGGAGUAAAACAUUUCUGAUAACCGAUAUAUCUGUUGAUAUACAUUAAAAAAAUUGGCAAUGUUUCCUAAGAUGUUAUUAUUAAACCCUUAUGACAAAGAAAUGUAAUUGAGACUAAUUAGGAAACCAUAAACUUUAUUAUAAAUAACUAUAGAAGACACAAAUACAACCAGAUACAUAGAACUAGAAUUAAGAAAAUAAACCCAAUUUUUAAAACUUAAAAUGUAAACAUAAAUUCACAUCUUUUCUGUAUUGUUAUUCUGUAAAAUAAAAGUUUUCAUAUCUGCGCAUGUCAGCAAACCUACACGCAGAUACCGGUAUGUCUAUGACGGGCUCAUAUCGGCUGGUUUUUCUAUCGGCCAACAGAUACAUUUGUCGGGGUUAACUGGUCAAGACAUCAAAUUACAAAAUAUGUGCGUGCGUUCGUGCAUGCGUGUGUGCGUGUGUGUGUGUCUUGGAUGAUGUACAACAUCUUUAAGACACUUUAAACACUGUUGUGUGAGUCCGCAGACCGACACCUUCAGUGUUAGCCUUUGUUGCAGACACAUUGCAAGUUCCUCAAAUUCAAUUAUGCAUUUUCAACUUCGCUGAUGAAGUUCAUUCUCUCAUGUAGCCUCAGAUUCUUUGUGUAAUAUAAAAUGUAGUUUAAAAUAUUCCUCCCUAUAUGCCAUGGAGCGAGAACACUAUAGUUUUAUAUUGUAUAAGAGUCCUUUAGUCCUGUUCUCACCGGCGUGUUUGUCAUUCCCGCUGUCUCUGAUGUCGUGCUCCACCGCAAAUGAGAGAACACGGGAAGAUGAAUUGAUAUAUUUUACCACUAGUCAACUGCUGUAAAGUUAAACAUCCUGUAAAUGCUAAUGUGUCCUGUGACUGCAGUGUCUCCUGGUGAAUGUGUCCUGUAAACGUCAGCUCAUUGUGAGAAACACCAGCUUUUUUCAGUCGACACAGACGCAGACUUAACAGCAGUACAGCGCUGAAGCCAAUCGACUGAUAUCUAGGGAGAAUCCGAGUGAAGAUGUCUGAUGCGGUUUAUUGAAAAUGCAAGAUUCAACCAUGGCAUUAUGCAUUUGUAAUACUAUGAGAGAAUGCUGCACUGCCAUCUUGCACUCAUCUUCUUCGUCUUCACCCACCAACAGAAGCACGUGCAGUAACAAUGAUAUAGUCUGAUUUCAAGUAUGUCAGACUCUGUGACAAUCAGACUCUGAUCGUCACAGUUUGAAUUCCAGCGUGCUGCCGCAGAGACGCCUCCUGUGUCGUCCUUGGAAUUUGUCUCGGCGAUGUGCCAUGUGUGAUCCUCACAGUGCGGUCUGCUUCUGUCUGUCUCACUGUAAGUGUUGGGUGUUACGUCGAAGUUUAGGUGCAGCAUUUUGUACUUAUCGGUCAGUUCAAUAGUUUGUUUGAUUAUUGUAUUGAUGAGGCUAGUAUUGAAAAUGUAAUAUAUAUGACCUAGUGGACUUUUGUGGACACAACUUAAACCUUUUUGAAGGACAUAUUGUUUUUAUUGAAACUCAGGGUGCAAUUUGUGUAAAAUAAAAGGGAGAAAAGGGAUAUUUUUUUGACCCGGGAUAUAACAAGUAUACGACCGAGUCAUGUGUAUCAUACAUCUUGUCUGUAGCAUAAGUAUAGAGUAUGUGUAGCAUAGUUAUAGGAUUUGCCGCAUUAUGCUAUAGCCUUUAACAAAGAGCAACCAUCGCUGCUCGCUGCAGAAAGCCAGAUUUUAAAUCCAGUAUUUCAGUUGUUUUCUUCAUAUCUGUGCAUUUAAAAAAAAGUUUGCGUCAGUAAUUUGCACAAUAGUUUGAGAUUCACAAGCUGGAGAUAUAUCGCCUGUAUCUCGGCCAGAUCUCAGACGUGUUGGAUACCAAAAGGUCAUGACUGCUUCAGCUGCAGCGUGUUCAGGGGCCAAAUUCACCGAUUUAUUGAGCUUCAUAUCUGCUUGUGUUGGGGGGAAAAGUGCUUUAGAAGCUUCUUAAGUGCAAGUGCAAUUUUCAGUUUUUGCUGUAUUUGAAUGAUUUUGCCAUUUGCUCAGUGCAUUUUCUUUUUUUCCCCUAAUGAAGUACCUACUUUUCAGGGCAAAUCUGAAGUGUAUUUCACUGUAUAAUUGUUGAGUUGAUUGACAGAAUAGAUUUGAGUUGUACAUGUUCCUUUCAGUUCUCAAUUGAACAGAAAAAAAUACAGUUAAUGUUUACAUAACUUAUGUCAAAGUAUAUAUAUAUAUAUCAAAAAUACGCCCCAUCAUCUUUGAUAUACUGCGACUCAAAACUUAAUCAGUGACUUAAUGUAAUUUCAGUACCUGAAGCCAUAAUGAAAGAGAAGUGAUGCAGCAGUGAUCGUAUUAUUUAUUUAAUUCUGUUAUUUACAACAAUCCUCUUACAACGGUCUGAGUAUUUCAGUGCGCCUCUUGCCUGCAGUUCCAUGCUGGAUCUGUACCAUUUACAAACUCCCCAAAAAUAAAUAAAUAAAAUUCACACUAUCUAUCUAUCUUAUCAAAUAGUGUGUUGUAAUAUUUCUAUUGCAGUGAUGCCAUGUUCAGUUCUAUUUCAGGCGAUAGGACUUUAAAAACAUUAAAAAAGAUGAUGUUUUCUUUCAAUAAAAAUAAUUUGUUGCCCUUCAUGGAGAAAAUAUAGCAGUGUGGUUAAGAUGAACCUUUUGAUGCUCAAUAUUUCUUCGCUGUAUUUCCUCAGGCGUAGCUUCUGAAAGAUGGCACUUCAGAUCUUUCUUUUUUUUACUUUGUGGUUUCCUCUUGUUGAGGAAAUAAAUUAAAGGGGACGACUUUGUAGGAACAGCAGAAGGAAAUGUUCUGCCCCCCUGGCAUGCUGUCAGAUCUCCCAUGAACCAUCAUAGUGUAUACUGUGAUAAUACUCCAGCUACUGCUUUAGUAUUUAAUCAACCAAGUCCUUAUAUCAUUAAAUGUACACAUGUAGUCUACAGCUUUUAUAGACUGUAGCUUUUGAUUGAGGUCUUGUUUUGCAAAGUUUCUGCUGCACAGAUCAUUCCGUUUACCUGCUUGAUUGUGUUUUUUUAAAAAUUAUUAUUAUUUCCCAAAAAAUGUACCUGAAAAAAGAGUGCUGAUUCUAUGAAUAAAGAGGUUUGCAUCAUU